AGCGCGGCGCAAUUGUCACAACAUUCCGCGCCAAAGGGACGCUUCGGCAAAAAAGAACAAAAAAUCACAACAAACCGGUGGUAAAUGAUUCCACACGCAAUAUUUCUUUUAUUUUUUGUUGAGUUCAACACAACACAAAACAUCACAUAAUGCGUAAAAGCCUCGUGCCACAGCGAUGCACACCGUCGAAUGCCGUUCACUCGCCGUUCAAAAGCCCGCUGACGGCACAAAAGCGCCAGCGCGAGUGCCGCAAACGAUUGCCGGACAAGGGCGGGACGGCGGAUCAUCCGCCGACGCCGAAACUGUCCGUGUCCGAGCACGAGCUGAUGAUCAUGAAGAUUCUUACCCAGCCGUUCAAAAUACCGAUCGCCAACUACGUGCCGGAACAUUCGACGCGAUGUCUCGGCAUGAAGCGGUCGGCGGCCCGGCGUGCCCUGCACGAUCCGUACGCGUGCAAUGCGCUGGUGCUGUUCAGCCCGCCCGAACUGACCGAGCACGAUAAGCUGAAGAUGGACAAGAGCAAGAUACAGGUGCACGUGGUGGUGGAUCCACUGCUCGGGAACAUUCUGCGGCCGCAUCAGCGGGAGGGUGUGCGGUUCAUGUACGACUGUGUGACCGGCGCGAAGGGUGACUUUAACGGGUGUAUCAUGGCGGACGAAAUGGGGUUGGGCAAAACGCUGCAAUGUAUUACGCUGCUCUGGACACUACUGCGCCAAAGCCCGGAUUGUAAACCGACGAUCAACAAAGCGAUCAUCGUGUGCCCGAGUUCGUUGGUGAAGAAUUGGUACAAAGAGUUCGGCAAGUGGCUGGGCUGUCGCGUCAACUGCCUCUCGAUCGAUGGCGGGUCGAAAGAGCAAACGACCAAAGAGCUGGAACAGUAUAUGGCGAAUCAAAGCCAACGCCACGGCACCCCGGUACUGAUCAUCAGCUACGAAACGUUCCGGCUGUACGCGCACAUCCUGAACAGCUCCGAGGUCGGUGCGGUCCUGUGCGACGAGGGGCAUCGGUUGAAGAACUGCGAGAACCUUACCUACCAGGCGCUGAUGGGGCUGAAGACAAAGCGACGUGUGCUGCUGUCCGGUACACCGAUCCAGAACGAUCUGACCGAGUACUACAGCUUGCUGCACUUUGUCAACCCGGGCAUGCUGGGAUCGACUGCGGAAUUCCGCAAACAGUUUGAAAAUCCAAUCCUGCGCGGCCAGGACGCCAACUCAACCGACGCGGAGCGGGAAAAGGCAGCGGAACGGCUGCAAGAACUAGCCGCCCUGGUGAACCGCUGCAUGAUCCGGCGGACCAGCGCACUGCUCACGAAAUAUCUCCCCGUCAAGUUCGAGAUGGUCGUGUGCGUGCGUAUGACCGAGGUGCAGGCCGCCCUCUACAAGAGCUUCCUCCAGUCCGACACGAUCCGGCGCAGCGUGAUGGAGAAGAACGCAACCAAGGCAAGCCUGACGGCCCUUUCCAACAUUACCUCACUGAAGAAGCUGUGCAAUCAUCCGGACCUUGUGUACGAAAAGAUCCAGGAGCGUGCGGAUGGGUUCGAGAAUGCGGCCACCAUUCUGCCGGACAAUUACAGCCCGCGGGAACUGCGGCCCGAGCUGGGCGCCAAGCUGAUGCUGCUGGACUGUAUGCUGGCGUCGAUCAAAACCAACACCACCGACAAGAUUGUGCUCGUGUCGAACUACACGCAAACGCUCGACCUGUUCGAGAAGCUGUGCCGCAAGCGGGGCUACGGCUACGUGCGCCUCGACGGCACGAUGACGAUCAAGAAGCGGGGCAAAGUGGUGGACCAGUUCAAUCAGCCCGAUUCGGCCGAUUUCAUCUUCAUGCUCAGCUCGAAGGCGGGCGGCUGCGGGUUGAAUCUGAUCGGUGCCAACCGGCUGGUCAUGUUCGAUCCCGACUGGAACCCGGCGAACGAUGAGCAAGCGAUGGCGCGGGUGUGGCGCGAUGGGCAGAAGAAACCGUGCUUUAUCUACCGGCUGCUAGCGACCGGCACGAUCGAGGAGAAGAUUUUCCAGCGCCAAACGCACAAAAAGGCCCUCUCGACGACGGUGGUGGACAAUGCGGAGGACGGCGAGCGGCACUUCACGCAGGACGAUCUGAAGGACCUGUUCAAGCUGGACGAGCAGACGCGCUCCGACACGCACGACAUCUUCCGCUGCAAGCGGUGCACCAAUGGGGUGCAGAUGAAGCUGCCGCCGGACGACAGUGACUGCAUGUCCGAUCUGGCCCACUGGUAUCACUGCGCGAACAAUAAGGGCAUCCCGGACGAUAUACUGUCCAAAUCGUGGGACAUUACGCGGUGCGUGUCGUUCGUGUUUCACCACCGGUCGAACUCGGCCGUCGUGGAGCAGCAGCUGGCGGAGCAGCGGCGCCAGCAGGCACUGGCCAAGGAGCGGGAGGAGAAGGAGGAGGAAGAAGAGGAGGAGGAAGAGGAUAAGGAAAACAAAGGGUACAACACGGAAGGAGAGGAGGAGGAGGAGGAGGAGUCGGAUGAUGAUGAAAAGGAUAAAGAUUUUGUGUUGUAGUGUGUAACACGGCGCCGCACAUUCGCCGCUAAUUGGGCACGAUGUAAAUGUUUAUUAAAAACGAAAAAACGAAUGUAUUCUUCCCUGUUCUUCUGACUCGUAAUAGUGCUUGCCGGCUGUGACCCGUCUGGCGCUCGCCUCAUCUCAUCUAACAUCGUGUUGUCCGAUUUCCUUUUGUUACAAUCAUUCUUCUGACCCUGACACCAUGCUUUCCCCCUUACCUUCCGGCCUUUUACUUCGGCUUGUACUUGAGCAACGUUGCGAGCAGCUCGUCCGCCUCCUCGCCCGUCUUGACGCGCAGCAGCACCGACGUUGGCGGCGGCUUGGCGUCCGGCGUCGGCAGACAGAUCAUCAUCACGUUGUUCUUGCCGAGGCGCUGCACCGGCACCGAUUCGUUCAGGAUGAUGUUCAGCAGAAUGUUGCCGAGGCUCGUGUCGGCCCGCACCAGCACCUGCACCUUCGCGUCCACCAUCUUGAUGUGGAGCGUGCCAACGCCACGGUCCGAGUACGAGGCGCCCACCUUCACGAACAGCUUGCAGCGCUUCGAGUACACGCUGUCCUUCUCCUCCACCGGCGUAAACUCCACCUUCGGCGGUUCGUCCUCGUCGGCUUCCGCGUCACCGCCGGCCGGUUUGUCGGGCCCACCACCCGCCGCACUGCUGUCCGGUGCGGGCGGUUUGCUCACAACACCGCCGAACGUGAACCCGCCGGUAGCGGAUUUGGCCGCGAACGUGGACGCACCGGCAAAGAAGGACGAGGAGGAGGUGGAUACGGUCGAGGGGGUCGUUGUGGUGGCGUUGGUGCUGGUCGAAGAGGCAAGACUGCCGAACGAGAAAGGUUUGGAGGAACUGCCGAACGUGAAACCGCUGGAGGGUUUCGUGGGCGAUUCUUUCGCUGCCGACGCCGCCGCCGCCGAACCGCCAAAGAAGAAGCCCGGCUUUGGCAUUUCCUUUUCCGGCUCUUUCGGUUUGGCGGGUUCUGCUGCUGCGGGCGCUACUUUGUUUUCCGGUGCAGCCGCCUGCGAGGUCGUAGUAGGCGCCGACUUUUCCACCGUUUUGCCUGGCGUCAUUGCCUGGAUCUCGUCGAACUGCUUCUCGUAGUCCCUAAACACGGGAUGCAGCUUGCAGUACGGGUUUUCGCGACACUUUUCCGUAAUCCACGCAAUGAAGGCUUUGUUCAGGGCGACCACAUUGUUGCGAAUCACCGUUUGCUUGUCCGCUUCCGUUAACGGCUUGGUGGACUGCUUUUUCUCCCCCUUUUCCUUCUCCGAGUCCGUCUUGGAUGUGCUCGAUGAUGCUGCCGGCUGUGACGAGGAGGAGGAGGAGGAGGACGCAAAGCUGAACAUUUUCUUUAUCGCGUCAUCACUGGUUCCCUUCGGUGGGGCAAACGUUGCUUUGCUCUUUUCCGCUGUCGCCGCGUCGGACGUCGAGCCGGCGGGAACACCGAAGGAAAAUGUCUUUUUCUCCGCUUCGGGAGCUUUAGAGCCGAACGAAAAGGUUGAUGUUUUGGGUGAGGAGGAGAUGCCGGUGGCACUGUCCUUACCGCCGGAAGCAGCCGUACCGAACGAGAAUGUCGCCUUCUUCUCUGAGCCGGACUCCGCAUCCGCUUUCGUUGCGUUGGAGCCGAAAGAAAACGUUGCCUUGGGUGUAUCGGGCGAGGUGACCGCUGUGCUUUUCACCGCAGCAGCAGCAGCCGGCGAUCCGAAUGUGAACGUUUUCCUCUCCGGUGUCUCGGACGGUGCCGUCUUCGCCGGAUUGGUGCCGAACGAAAACAUGCCUUUGCUCGCGGCGGGAGAACUGCCUGCCGGUUCCUUGGUUCCACCAGCCGGCGAUCCGAAUGUGAACGGCUUCUUGUCCGCUUCCGGUGCGUCCGAACCAAACGUGACGGGCGUUUUAAUCACCCCGCUGGGCGUAACGAUCGAUGUGCCUUUCGGUGUGGCUGCCGGGGAGCUUCCGAACGCGAAACCUUUCUUAUCCGUGGAACUGCUGUUUGCAUCCGCUUUGGCGGCAUUGGCACCGAACGAAAACGUACCCGUCGUCGUGGGCUCCUUCGAUGCGGUUGGGGAACCGAACUGUUUCGAUUUCUUCUCCGUCUCGCCGUCCGGUUUGGCUGCGAAAGACCCGAACGAGAACGUUGGCUUCGGUGCGGCGUCCGUGGACGAAUCUUUACCGCCAGCCAGCGUGCCGAAGGUAAAGUUGUUGUUCGGUUUGGCCGCUUCCGUCGCUUUGGGUGGAACGGUGCCGAAGGAGAACGGUUGGGCGGGUGCGCUGCUGGCUGCCCCGAAACCGAACCCACCCUUGCCCGCGUCACCUUCCUUGGACGAUGAGAUGCCAAAGCCGGACGACGUGGAGGACGCCGUUUUCGCUCCCUCCGCCGUACUGUCCGCCUUCAGACUGGUCGGCGAUCCGAAGGCAAACCUCUUUUUGCUCGCAUCCGACGCUGCCAUCGUGCCGGCGUUGGAACCGAACGAAAAGGCUGGCUUCGCUGCACCGCCGCCGCCACCGUCGGCCGCAGCACCGCUCGACGACACCGUUGCCGUACCGUUGCCAUUCGUUUUGGCGGCGCCGAGCGUUGACAGGAAGGAGAACGACUGUGCACCGCCACCGCCCGGCUUAUCCGCCCCGCUCUUGGCGAGCGGCGUCGAGGCGAAUCCCUUGAACGCACCGAACACGGACGCGGAAGCGGACGGGGCGGUACUGUCCGCAUCGUCGGUUGCGACCCGGCGCCGGGCCUUCUUGAUGACCCGCUGUUUUAGGACGUCGUCGCUCGCCUUCGUAAACUCGCCCUUCUCCUCCGGCUCGUCCGUUUCGUUCCAGUUCAGAUGGUUCAGCGACGAUUGCGGGCCGCGUUUCGACAUGUUUUGCGGGGCGAGGAUGCGUCGGUCGGAUGCUAGAGGUGGUUGCACGCCGGUGGUCACGUAAAACUGGGGGGGUUUUCGCACUCCACGGGGAUUUCGAUACUUUCGGCGGGCGCACGGAAUAAAACGUGAAAAGCGCUUCCACAACAGUAUUCGCACAACAAA